CGCCCACCGCUCACACCUCACCGUUCCUUUCACUUGUGAACGACUCGGAAAUCAACCGUUCCCGUCUGACCGGUAUUGAACGCGGAUACUUACCGCAUAUUUUUCGUGGCCUGUGGAAUUUAUGCCGGCAAACUGUGGACUCCAACGCUCCUCGUUCAUCACCUCUUAUCUCAGUCUGCGAGACUGAUAAGACUAAUCGAUAUGCGUCAAGCUAGAGACAUAAUUCGCGAGGAAUGUGAAGUAUUUCACAUAUCGGAUAAACAAAUUCGGGAAAUAAUGAGCAGACUUCACACCGAUAUCCUUAAAGGUUUAGGAAGGGACUCACACGCUGAUGCUAUUGUUAAAUGUUGGAUUACAUACAUACAAGACUUACCAAAUGGAAAAGAAAGAGGCAAGUUUUUGGCCUUGGAUUUAGGUGGAACAAAUUUUAGAGUGUUAAUUAUUAAUCUCGGUGAAAAUCAUUUUGAUAUGCAGUCGAAAAUCUACGCAAUACCAAAUCACAUCAUGACCGGUACAGGAAUUGCUCUAUUUGAUCAUAUAGCAGAAUGUUUGGCUAAUUUUAUGAAGGAGCAUGAUGUUUAUGAGGAACGUCUGGCGUUGGGAUUCACAUUCAGUUUCCCGUUAAAACAACUUGGAUUAACUAAGGGUCUUCUUCAACGGUGGACAAAGGGAUUCUCUUGUUCUGGCGUUGUCGGUGAAGAUGUUGUGCAAGGCCUUAAAGAUGCGAUCGCUCGUAGAGGGGAUGUUCAGAUUGACAUUUGCGCUAUACUGAACGAUACCACUGGAACACUGAUGUCCUGCGCGUGGAAAAACCACAACUGCAAAAUAGGACUCAUUGUUGGUACAGGCAGUAACGCAUGUUACGUAGAAAAGACAGAAAAUUGUGAAUUGUUCGAUGGCGAACCUGGCAAGAAGGAGUUGCUUAUAAAUACAGAAUGGGGCGCGUUCGGAGACGACGGGGCGUUGGACAUGGUGCGAACAGAGUUCGAUCGGGAAAUCGACAGCAAAUCCAUCAAUCCUGGCAAGCAAAUUCAAGAGAAAAUGAUCUCGGGGAUGUACAUGGGAGAAUUGGUACGACUUGCCCUGGUGAAGUACACCCGUAUUGGUCUUCUAUUCGGCGGAAGAGGCUCAGACAUGCUGUACGAGCCAGGCAGCUUCUUCACCAAGUUCGUGUCAGAAAUAGAGUCCGACAAACCCGGCGACUUCACCAGCUGUAUGGAAGUGCUGGAUGAACUUGGGUUGUCGCACGCAACUGAAACAGACAUGGCCGCCGUUCGCCACGUGUGUGAGUGUGUGUCGCGUCGGGCGGCACAUCUGGUUUCGGCCGGUAUUGCCACACUACUGAACAAAAUGAAUGAACCAAAGGUUACCGUGGGCAUCGACGGGUCGGUGUACCGGUUCCAUCCACACUUUCACACCCUCAUGUGCGAGAAGAUAGCACAGCUAGUUCGUCCUGGGAUACAGUUCGACCUCAUGUUGUCGGAAGACGGCAGCGGACGCGGCGCGGCGUUGGUAGCCGCCGUAGCUUGCCGGCAGCAGCUGGGGCACGCGUAAACAGAUACUGCACUUAUCUCUGGCCAUUAAAUGUUACCAGUUACCACUGCGGGAAUUUUUCAGCGGUCGCACAACCUUACGCACUUUACCAUAUUUUUUAAAUAACCUUAAACAGUGCCGUACCUAUCGUUUCCACAACUAUUGUAUACCUUACGGCCAAAUUAAAACAAGAGUUAUUUACUCGUUUAAAUCGUUCUUAAAUCGUAAUAAGUUCUGUACGACCUUAAGCCUAAAAUAUAGUGUUCAUAAAUCUGUGCUGAUUGCGUUAAAAAUAUUUUUAUUCUAGUUACUGUUGUACUUAAACGUCGCUCAUGUUUGCUGUAACAUUAUUUACCUGUGAAAUCUGUUUUAUCGAAAUAUAUCAUAAUCUGUAUUAAGGUUUGUAAUACGAUGGGCGUUAGUAUUAUUUUGUUCGGCAUUCGACAAAAGUAUUGUUUUCAAGUAAAAACCAGGAAAAAAAAAAUAGGGAAUGACAUGGUUACUAUUCCUGAACGCAGUGCGAAGGACGACAUCCUUGUACAUUAUUGAUGGCCUUUGAUUAUUAUAGAUAUAAAUAGUUUAGCGUUAUUUAUUAGCGCUGUGUGCUUAGACAAUUUCAGUCUACCCGCAUAGCUCUCUCGCAACGGUCGUGAAACGAAUGUACAUUCGCAGACUGCAACAUUCUCAUCAAAUACGACCUUUUUUGUAGAUAUUGUCUCGCGCCCGUACAUUAAGAAUUAACUUUAAGUAUUAUAUAUUAUAUAGAUAGGCACUAAGAUUCAAUAAAGUUGGUAUGCGAACCUUGUACUUACAAAAAUAUGAUUUUAGCAUUCUAGUCACAAAGGUUAAAACAUCAAUUACUUACUUAAUCAUUGUAUAAUUUUUUUUUUGAGAAUUAACACAAGACUGAUGUAUUAUUUUGUGGUCGAAGUAAAUAUUGGUCUUAGUGUCAAUCUUCGUAGAGCACAUUUUGCAUUUGUUAGAAUUUGCAUUAUUUGUUUCUGCACGGGUGCAGAAUGACCGAUUGCCAAUCUUAAAACUGGAACUAAAACAUUACUACUUUAUUUGAUUCUUAAUAAUUAUGAAAUUGCUACUUAAUUUUAUUAUUAAUAAUGACAAUAUUACAUCUUAAAAUGUGAACUCCCUUUAAGAGAAUACUGAAUUAAUCUCUAUCAAAUUAAGAAUUUAUCUGUUGGUUAAUCUGCGUCCUUUCGUACCUUCGAAAGCACCCAGUAAAUUUUGUUAUUUUUUUUAAUAUAUUGACAUUUCUUAUCUUAUGUAUUAUUUUAGUGUAGUCGUUUUCUAAUUAUUACUAUGCAGCGGUCUUGUAAUAUAAGAGUCUACUUUUAUACAGAAGUUUUAAAAUUGUAAAUCGUUUAUAAGUCGACAUCUUAAUUGUUUGAUAAUGUUUAUAAUUUUCAAUAUCGAAUACAAGAAUAGGAAGAUGUUACAAAAAGCAAUAAUUGCGAAUCUCACAAUUCAUAAACCUAACUUAGAGAUAGGCCUGUAGUAAUAGAAUAUCAUUCCAUUUGCAACUUAUCGGUAAUUGGUAUCAAUCAAGACUUUCAUGUUCAUUAAGAGUUGGUUUCGAAACCCAUAAAUGUUUUGUUUGAAAACACUGAUGUUAGGUAUCGAAAGUAUUAAUGUAUGAUAUCAAAAUACAAUUGAUUUUUUUGUAUCAAAAAAAUGAAAUGCAUUGUAUCAAAAUUUAUUAAUGCAAGGUAUCAAAAUGUAUUAUAUAUGGUAUCAAAAUGUAUUAAAAUAUUGGGCAACAUAAUAUCCCUCUUGGAUAUUUAGUAUGAUAACACUCAAUGUUCAGAAAGUUAAUGUUAAAUAAUAAAACAAGUGAAAGUUGCUUAACAAAUAUUACUUGUUUAUGACGAUAUUAUGUAUUCGUAAAAACGCUAUUCUUAUGAGUGAUGUGAAUUUUAAGAAAUUUUAAUUUAAGUGAGUUUUUCAAUAUUUUACUGUGAUAGACGAUAGAAACUAGGUUAUUGUUAAAUUGUUUCGGUUUUAUAUUAUUUUGGAGAUCUACGUAUUUAGUACUUAAUUUUCUGCAAAUGACCAUUUUAGGCGCCGACAAGUAAAUCGUAAUUACAAAUGCCAUUAUGUACUGUAUUAAUUAUAAUCGACCUUAAUUAAGUAUAGCAAAGAUAGACACCACAAAUUCAGAAUGUCACAUUGCUAUAUAGUUCCUAGUUGAAAAUAGGUGCAUUUUGUUUUAUUUCACUAUAGUUUGUUGCAUAUUGUUUGUUUAGAUCUUAGUUGUAGUUAUAUGGACAUGUUUUGUUCAAUAUUUUAUAUUAUUUCAUUUUAUUAAUCCAAUUAUGUAGUUGACUCAAUUGAAGUACAAAAUAUAUCGGAUUUUUAUUUAUAUUAUUUCUAUAUGAAUUUAAAAGAAGCCAUAAAUUUUUGUGAAUGUUAGGUCUGUGUAAGACGAUAUGAAUAUUUUCUGCGCCUACCCUACAUUCCAUACGUGAGGAACACUUAGCCAAGAUAUUAACAAUUUAGAACCGUAAUGUAAUGUACAUAUCAAACAUUUGCAUUACAAACAUAUGGAAUGCAAUUGUGAGUUAUAAGCAGGUCUUAUAUAACUUAAUGCAUACAUCCAAUAAAACUGAAUGUCAUUUUAUGCAGAAAAACAGAUAAUUAUUAAGUAUAAAUUAUGAAGAAUACUAUUAAUGUCUUAUAAUCAUUUUAAUUAUUUUUAGCUAGCUCCUUUGUAUGUUGAGCUAUCGAAAAUGUUAGUUCAAAAAUAAAUUUAUAGAAAUUU